UAGCUCCGAUGAGGUGGAGGGGAGAGUGUGUGUGUGUGUAUGAAAAGGGGAGGAAGCGAAGAAAGUGUUGCAGCUCUGUGAUCUGUGUGUGUGCACUGCCGCCGCUGUUGUAUGUGCGCGAAGCUGAAGAUCAUUGCGAAAGUGACCUGAUCAGGCUUGUAGAGGGAGAGAGCGAGCGAGGGAAAAGAGGGAGAGCGCGUCAGUGUAUGCAACCCGACCCCUUUCCAGCUGCCCAGGGCACAAGAGAAAAGAGAUGGGGACUCAGCGCAUCGGAGGGAGGUGAAGAAGAGGGAGGGGUGGGCGAGGAGUGCGUUUGGGGUGGGAGGCAACACAUGCCUAACACAAUCAGGGAUGGGACCCACGUCUGCCGCUGCUCCCGCUGCACCUGGACCUGCUGCUCGUCAGGAAGAAACAACAAGCAAGAAAAGAAGAAAUUGAGGGAAGGGGGGGUUGAGGGGGCGGUGGGGGGAGGAAGAGGGAGAAAUCACCAGCAUCAUCCUAAUUUAUAUACUCCUUUGAAGAAGUCUUUUUUUCGCCAACAGGGGAGGAAAAAAGGGGGGCCAGCCAUAGAAUUCCGGGCAAUUUGCAAAGAGAUCAAAAAAGUCUGGAUUUAAAAAAAAGAAAGAAAGAAGAAACACGCACGCAGGGCUUGUUGGAUUUUGCACCGAGCGGCCAUCUCAGCUGGAAGCAAUUCUUUUGGGGUUUUUUGUUGUUGUUGCAUCCAUGGAGUUACUUUGUAUCUAAUUCCUAAAAGGAGGGUAUCCUCUUCAGAUCCUACGGCAGGAGGAAUGGUUCGGCCCCUCCGCAAUGGUCCCGGAUUAAUCUUUGCAAAAGGAUAUAUUCUAUGAACGGUUACAUUUCUGGAGUAUCAUCCCCACACCUCUCUUGUAACCCCAGGACAUUCUCAACUCUUGGAGGACGCUCUCUACCAGCCAAGAUGGAAGAGAAACGGCGAAAGUACUCAAUCAGCAGCGAUAACUCAGACACCACUGACAGCCAGACAACAUCAACUUCAAGAUGCUCCAAAAUUCCAAAUACAAAAUCUGGCUGGUCAAGACAGAAGGAGAAGAAACCCUCAGAGGUUUUUCGUACUGAUCUGAUAACAGCCAUGAAGAUUCCAGAUUCAUACCAGCUGAGCCCAGAUGAGUACUACAUCCUUGCUGAUCCCUGGAGGCAGGAGUGGGAGAAAGGUGUUCAGGUGCCUGCAAAUACAGAAACAAUCCCGGAACCAGUGGUUAGGAUCAUUCCUACACUAGAGCACUCUUCAUCACAGAUCUCUCCAAGCAAUUUGUCCAGCUCUGAUAGCUUCGAAGUCACCAGGACAUACUCCCAACGAGUAAGCCGUUAUGAUCUGGAUGAAAUAGAUGCUUGCUGGCUGGGACUCUUCAACAUGGAGCUUAAGGAAAUGGAACAGCCAGAAAUGGAUGAAUUCACUCUGGAAAGAGUGCUGGAGGAGCUGGAGACGCUGUGCUAUGAGAAUAUGAACAUUGCCAUUGAGACAGAGGAGGGCCUGGGCAUAGAGUACGAUGAGGAUGUCGUGUGUGAUGUCUGCCGUUCACCAGAAGGAGAAGAUGGCAAUGAAAUGGUUUUCUGUGACAAAUGUAACGUCUGCGUGCAUCAGGCUUGCUAUGGAAUCUUGAAAGUUCCUAUUGGAAGCUGGCUUUGCCGAACCUGUGCUCUGGGAGUCCAGCCAAAGUGUUUACUCUGCCCAAAGAGAGGGGGUGCUCUAAAACCCACUCGGAGUGGGACAAAAUGGGUCCACGUUAGCUGUGCCUUAUGGAUACCCGAAGUUAGCAUUGGAUGCCCUGAAAAAAUGGAACCCAUUACAAAGAUUUCACAUAUUCCAGCAAGCAGAUGGGCUUUGUCUUGCAGUCUUUGCAAGGAAUGCACUGGAACAUGCAUUCAGUGUUCCAUGCCUUCCUGCAUCACAGCCUUCCAUGUAACUUGCGCCUUUGAACACAAUCUGGAUAUGCGGACACUUUUAGCAGAGAAUGAUGAAGUGAAGUUCAAGUCAUUCUGUCUUGAGCACAGCAGCAAUGCCACUAAGCCACCAGAUCAGGUACGCACAGAGGCAGAUCAAGGCAAACUAGACAUGGAGAAGGUAACGCUGAGAAAGCAAAAGCUCCAGCAGCUGGAGGAAGAGUUUUAUGAUCUUGUGAAGCCCUCAGAGGUAGCUGAGAACCUUGAUAUGACUGAGUGGCUAGUUGAUUUUGUCUAUCAGUACUGGAAAAUGAAGAGGAAAGCCAAUUACAACAAGCCCUUGAUGAUGGCCAAAACAGACGAGGUGGACAAUUUGGCUCAACAAGAGCAGGAUGUCCUGUACCGACGUUUGAAGCUUUUCACACACCUCCGGCAGGACCUUGAAAGGGUUAGAAAUCUCUGUUACAUGGUGACAAGGCGAGAGAAAAUGAAGCACUCCAUUUGCAAACUCCAGGAACAGAUCUUCCAUCUCCAAAUGAAACUUAUUGAGAAAGAUCUUUACCCAGAGCAAACUGGGAGGAGAACAAAGGGAAGGAGAAGUGACCCCCCCAAAAAAGGAAGAGAUGAUAGGAAAAGCAGUCCAGAAAAGAAAGAAAAUAGGAAAUCAGGGAAUGAGUUGGUGCUGCAACAACUGGGUUUGCCACCUUCCUUUCCCAUUGAUGGGACCUUCUUCAACAGCUGGUUGGCUCAGUCUGUACAGAUUACCACAGAGAACAUGGCAAUGAGUGAGUGGUCUUUGAACAAUGGCCACCAUGAAAAUACCACCCCUGGCCUCUCUGAGGAACUUCUACAAGAUGAAGAAACUUUGUUAAGUUUUAUGAUGGAUCAUUCCUUGAAGUCCCCAUUGAAGCAGAGUGAAACAGCAAAGAAAGCUAGAAGUAAACUGCGCACACACACUAAGAAAAAACUUGCAAGAAAUGGCUUGAAUACCAUCUUCAAAAGUCACCAAGAGGAUGAUUCAAAUCAGUGGACUAAUAAUGUGAAUUAUUUGCCAGAUGACACCACACAAUCUUUAUCCCAUGAUUUAAGAAACAAGGCAGAGAAAGGUAUGGACAGACUUCAGCCAGAGCGCAAAGGGAUGUGUGAAGCAAAAAAAACAUCUAAAAAGGGUUCACAUCCUGCACCUCCUCUUCCAAAAACAAAGGAUUCUCAAGCUUCCCAAGGUCUGAUCAGUAAGCUAAGCAAUGAUGAGGAACCAGUGAAAUGUCUCCCAUUGGAUCCAAACUCCCUGGUUAAAGUGCCUGAUUCAGUAGGUAGUCCGAAAACAGUAGUGAGGUUCAAAUUACCAAAACAAGGCAGAGGGAUUCGAAGAUCACAGAAUGAGAAAGCUGACAUGGUUAAUGGACCUCCAGGAAAUGAAAGAUCAAAGGUGAUCUUACACCCUUUUGACAAUGAGACUGAUGGCUAUUUUUCAGAUGCAGAAAUGAGUGACUCCGACACAGAAUCCAGUAGUGGCAGAGGGCACUGUAGCCAGUUAGAUUCAGGAAAUGAGGAUAAUUUCAGAAUGAGUAUUUUGGCAUCCUAAUACACCAGAUAGACCAGUUGCAACAGUUCAUUGAGGCCUAUAUCAAGUUUUAACUGCCAUGUCCCCCUUUCUUCCUGGUAUCAUAACUGAGAAUUUGUUUAGUUUUAUUUUGUUUUAAUUUGUAUAUAUAGUUUUGAAAUGAGCACUGUUGUUUUUCCUCUUCUCUAUAUGCCUGAGAAACAGCUAAAAGCUUCAUUGACUUUAGAGUAUAUAUACUGUAACAGUAGCUAGCCGUUCUUAGUCAAGACCUGCAUAUCCUGGUUAAAUGAAACGCAAGCAUGUGCAUUACUAGGAACUUGUGCUUGCUGGUAGUGAACAGGACAUCCUAGCAUUUUAAUGAGAAGGUCUGAGAUUGCCAGUAUCUAUUGUUCAUGUAGGGAUGACAGUUUUAUGGGCAUUAUUUAAACUAAGCAAGUAGAUUUCAUGGUCUGCCUGGUGUUAUUGCCUCUCUUUGGCAGAUUGUAGAAUGGGAGGACUACUACGGUAGCCAACUAUAUACACAGAAUUUAAUAGAAAAGUAAAUAUAUAUGUUUUUGUGCGUGUGUCUGUGUGUAUGCACACGUGUGCAGAAUUUGUCAGCGUGCAUGUCUGUGCGCAUACAACUAUGAAGUAAAAUAAGCGAUUAUUUUUUAAAGAAGCACAACAAGCUUAUUUGAAGAAAGCACUUAAUGGGUGGAGGAAUACAACAUUGUAUUUAUGGUCUAUUAAAUCCUUGAUUUUUCUUUCUCA